AUGUUAGAAAGCAAAUCAUCUGGGACUCUCUACAGCAAUGACAACGACAACAAUGUAGUAGUCGAUUACAUUGAUGUUGGUCAUGAUGACGAUGUUGACAACCAGCAAUUGAACAGUAAUGACAUUGUACCAUUACAACAUCAACAACAACAACAACAAGUCAAGGAUGUUGUCUCUGAAGUCACAUCCAGAGAGUUGACAAACACACUGUUGCACUAUCUUCAAUCAAUCGGUAUACAAGAGUCAAUCAUUCAACAACUCAACUCUGACAUGAAGCGUGUCACCGACAAUGUGUACACGGCACAAGCACCAUCUGAUGCCACCAACGCCACCUCAACGUCAACAGCACUAUCAUCCAUCUUUGAGUUCCAUCAACAUACCUCCCAAUACUUGGCGAAACUAAAGACUCUCUAUCAUACUCAUUCAAUGGAUCGCUUUGGAAAGGCAGCAGCGCGAAAGAGGUUCCGCACGGUGGAGCCAGACGCAUACCAUUAUAAACAUACAACGGCAGUCGAUCAACAAUUAGAGUCAUCAAAUGCUGUACAGAUCACGGCGUCCAAGGCAGAGAUUGGUAGACGCAUUGAGAGCUUCACAAGCAGGAAGAAGUUGGACAACUCUGACUUUAACACGCGAGAGUUUAGGUUCGACCCUGGUGGCGAGGCCGUCCUAGACAACAGUGCAAGGACUCAUCCACUGCCACCCUCAAAGAUCAAAGAGACGAGGACCUCCAAUCAAGAGGGACCCCUAGUGAUCAGCGACCAAGAGCGUGAAGCAAUGAAGUACAAGCCCUACAUUGAUGAGAGGACAACCAUCGUCGAGACACACAUUGGUAUAUUGCCAGCCACAUCACAUGAUCUAUGCGAUAGGAUCAAACGAAUAGAGGACAAGAUCAUGGAGAUUGAGACAAAGGAUCCAAACUUCUUCAAGCAACUGUAUGAGGCUAGACAAAAGGCCAACCUCACUAUUGAUCAUCAUCAUCAACCUGGUGCGACUACAUCAUCAUCGACAUCAACAUCGACAUCACAAACAACAACAAAGAGUAAUAGCAAGACCAAGUCAUGA